AUGGCCUUUCCCCUCCCGCGGGGCAUCACGCCCCCGGAGAUCUCCUUUCUGGCCGAGAUGGAGAUGGUCACUAUCCUGCCGCGUCAGCGCCUGGAAGGGCUGGAGUUGCUUGGUGGUCCCCUUGAACCUCUCAUACCCCCCCGACGCGCCUCCCUCCCCCUCUGGCUCGCGCUUCUCCUCAAACGCCAACGACGCGCCAACAUCCUCCCGCCCUCGUGGCUCCAUCCGGAGUCCCUCUCCUUCAUCCUGGACAUCGAGACCCAAUACGAAGAGUACAAGGACACCUUCUCCCCGCCGCCGCCCCUACCGGGCCAACCCCUCCUCCACGACCGCGGCGAGCCCGCCGUCGCCACCCCGCGCUACACUCCGGACGGCGAGAAGUACUACCCGGCGCCGCCGUUCCUGCCGCAGAACGUCGCGCGCGACCAUGUCCCACCGCAGGAGCUGCAAACGCUGCCCUUCCACUGGCUCGAGGUCGGGAAUAUGCUUCUGGACGCAGCGAGCGACGACCUGGUGGACCCCGACCAGACCCGCCGGCUGCUGAAGGAGCUGCGCGAGGUGCGCAUGGCCAAAAUCCGGUCCGGGGUGGACGCGCUAGACGCCGCGGCGAUGGGCGGAGGCGGCGUGGCGCUGACGGGCGUCGGGGCGAUCGAGCUCGGCGAGGGACGGAGGUUUAUCUCCGGGGUGGUCGAUGGGCUCCGACGGAUCGGCGCAUCCAGAGAACAGGCUCGGAGGGAGGAGCUGGCGGAGGAGAUGGCUAACGGUGGAUACGAUGCGACGCAGGACGAUGACGAUGAAAUGGAAUUCUAG